ACUUUCCCCAGAGACCCCCGCACCUUCCACUUUAUCUACGGCCGUUCAACGCGCCUUCCUACUCAACUGCAGCCAGUGACGCAGCAUCAGCAGAUAGAACCGUUUGUCGUGCCUGUUCUGGUAUGCUCAUAGACUGCCGAUAAGCUCUCGUGGAUAUGCACUUCCCGCAUCCGUCGCGAUACCUGGGAACGGCGUCUCGCUCGCCAGUCCACGCCCCAACAGGCGCAAACCCACCACGGCGCUUCUCGUCUAGGGAGAUCCUUCGCUGAGCAAGUAUGACCGCCGGUGCACGCUCCAGUGCAUCGGGCGACGUUUAUGACGCCGAUGCGACUGCAAGCACGUUGAACCUUGCGCUGGGCAGAAAGCACAUGAAAUCGUGGAUGACUGGCGCAGUCGACCAUGCUCCUCUUAUGCCGUCAAUUCCUCAUUCGCCUUCAAUCCUCACGCCAAACCCUGCAUCCUCUUUCAAACGGAAGAGAGGGAGGCCCAGAAAAUACCCGCUACCAGAAGCUGUCGACCAGCGGCAUGCGACCGGGACAGCUACUUUCGGGAACAGCCUCACAACUGCACCCUUACCUGAGCGACUACCGUCUUCGAACUCGACGUCGCCACAGCUCGCCAACAUCGUCACAGACCGUACACAGAGUCGCAGUCAUGGCAAUCUGGAUGUCACUGUACUCCCUUCACCUACACCAAGUGAAGAGGACGCGCACAAUAGAGGCUUACCGAUUCACGAGCUAGGAAGAAGGCAGUCAGUGAACAUUGACGGGUUUGAUAUUGCGCAUUUCCAGUCACCGGGCGCCUCCAGUCCAGCUCCAGCAACGGCUGUCAGGAGUCCUACUAGACAAGACCUCUCUCCACAAAAGCGACCAGCGGAGGAAGGCUCAACGCCCGUGGAGAUAAGAGCGCGUGUCGAUACUUCACAGGUCCCAGCAAGUACGCCUACAGUGAUGCCACCUUCGGGGCUGUUCACCUUUCCAGAGUUCCCGCGACGGCCCUCAGCACCUCAUGCUCAGCACAGGAGCCAUUCACUAGGUCAAGCGCCAGGUCGUAGUCCUUCCCGCGGCCAGAUGAUGAAUAGGCAGAUGGCAUCCCAUCAACUCACACAGACGAGACAACACUCCGGCCAUCUUCCGAGCUCGCGCAGCAAUACAUCUCCAGUACAAGACUCCUUUGUGCAGAAUGCACCAGCGCGUCAAACGUACGACAGUCCACAACUCAAUGCACAGCCGUUUGGGAUUCUUCCGAGUACUUUGCAGUUCGCGCAACCCACUCCUGUUCUACCUUCACAAUGGCAUGCGUCCCACCAUGAUGCCUGGUAUACAGUUGACAACUGCGAACAGGAGCUGAUAUCCCUCAAAGCUAAAUACCCAGUCACGCUUCGCAAUCGCACGGAUGCAAUACGCCUGCAGGUUCUGGAAGAAGCAGUGAGGGGUCUUGAUUGGGCUUAUCUGACUCUGCAUCAGUUCUAUUGUAUAAUGUCUUAUUCGCCGCAAGAUCUCCCUCUGACUUUACAGCGCAAUGGCAACCUGUAUGUAGCGCAUUCGCUCAUUCGGGAAGUGCUCGAUGACAACAUGCAACUGUCGCCGACUGUCCUGGCCUUCUUCUGUACCUUCCCGUUUCCUGUUGAGUAUCUUGCCUCGACAUGGCCUAUGAGAUAUCAGCAUGCAGAACGUGAAUUUGUGGGGUUUGUCACUUACUCAGCCAACGUCGGAGCUUUAAGGCAAGCAAGUGAGAGAAGGAGGGUCCCGCCAAUCCCACGUGAGUUUGCCAGCUGCGCGAUCACGUCAUUGACAUUUCAACGUCUUCUCUUCAGAUCAAUCAUUCGUGUCCUGUGGGGACGUCACCCUCACAUUCCUGAGAAAGGUCAUUUCGAAGACCAGGCUCUGAGCGUCUUCAACAGAGCGCAAUCAGUAUUCGAACAGCAGAGAGCAGCGGGCGAACUGGGAGGUCGCAAACAGGCAGAUUCCGAGUUGCGAAGCUGGAAACACGACUUCAUUCAAGUCACGAACAUGUUCGAGGCGUCGUUACAAAGACGAGGGUAUCAGCCAUUCAAUCCAGCUUCACCUCGCCUGAAUCAACAACAGCCACACACCCAGCCAAAAGUACAUCCACAGCAACGACCCCGCGCUACACCUGGCCCCGCAGAUUUGGCAUUGGCUCGUCGUCUCCAGCCGCGUCCCAUGGCGUCCCCUCUCCCAGCAUCGCAGACGCAGACGCAUCUACAGUCGCAAUUUCGCCAAGGUUCCACAGCGUUGCUUCCUCGGCCUGGCCUCAUACAACCCCAGCAGCGAGUUCCUGCCCCUUUUCGCUUUGGUCUCCACCAAGCUCACCUUCGCAGCCCUGUCCUACUGGUAGCAAACCUGGCUUUGCCAUCCUACUACUUCUGGCAAGGUUUCGUCCACAAGCCUCAAAGACUCAAAAGCGCGAAUACCGCCGUCGAGAAAUUAUCCUUUACAUUUUCAGCGAGGGAAAUGGAUGUCAUUGCUAGUGCAAUGUCCACUGCCCCAGGCGCUGCAGAUACCAGACUCAUCGACGAGAACCAAAAGAUGAUUCGCUUGCGGUGUGUCAAGUGGCCAGCUGAAACGUCACCGAGAGAUGAGGAUUGGGCUGUAGCAGAUAACAGUUGGGUACCAUAUUCGUACUUUUCUCUGAAUGAUGUCCCGUUGCAAUUGCGCAAGAAGCUCUACAAUGGGAAAGACCUACCCAUCGACCUCACAGGGCUCAUCAAAAAGGGCGAGAACAUCCUGGAGGUGUCAGUCAUGAGCAAUUCCACUGAUACCACCUUUCGAAAUUACCUGAUGGCAGUUGAGUACCUUGGAGUUAUUACCAAAACGUCGAUCAGAGAGCACUGCAGGAACGAGACUCUCGCUGCCAAGGAUGUAGUCAGCGAUAUCAUGCGUAAGCUUUCGCACCGGGCUACGGACGACGACGACAUUGUUCUGUUGGAGAGCACUAUAGCCAUUAAUUUGCGCGACCCCUUUAGCGCUUCGAGGAUAUGCGAUACGCCCGUUAGAGGCAAAGCAUGUCUCCAUAACGAGUGUUUCGACCUCGACACCUAUCUCGAAACCCGACCAAAAAAGGGCGAUGUCACAGCGGCUGACCAAUGGCGCUGCCCAAUCUGCAAAGCUGACGCGCGACCGACAUCACUUGUCAUGGACGGCUUCUUGGUUGAAGUACGCAAAGUGCUCGAGCUGAAGGGCCUGUUGGAUACAAGAGCCAUCAUAGUCAGCCAAGAUGGAUCCUGGAAGCCGAAGCUAGAGGAAAGAGAUCCCAACGGUGUUUCGGAUCGCGAUACCCCCGACCCUACUCCUGCAGCAGCACCGACGGCAGAGAGGUCGAAAUCAUCUGUUGUCCACGAUAUCAUCGACCUGGACAGCGACUAAGUCGAAGCCCUUUUUUCUUGUACGUUCUCGGGAUCUAUUGAGUGGCGUCUUGGUAAAAAUUGUGGGGCACUCUGGGAAAUAACCUACCGUGUAUAUAUAUUUUUCCGGUUUGGUACUUUAGGUGGCAUGGUUUUGGGACACUGGUCAAGCGGGGGGAGGGUAUGCAUAUCUUGGAGACGAUACCCAUACUUUGAUCAAUACAUGACUACGGCUGUUCAAUUAUUUCUAUUCGACUCAGCC